AUGGUUAAUGCUGCUAAAGAAAUCACCUACGGAGCUAUAGCAGGAUCAUUGGGCAAACUCAUCGAGUUUCCCUUCGAUACCGUCAAGGUCAGACUUCAAUCUUCUCACCAUGAGAAGUCCACAACCAAAAUUAUCAAGGACAUCUUCCACAGGGAAGGUAUCCUCAAUGGGUUCUACAAGGGCAUUAGAGCACCCAUGGUAGGUGCAUGUAUGGAGAGUGCUGUGCUUUUUAGUGCUUUCCAGUAUGGACAGGUGGGUUUAUCCAAAGUCACUGACAUUCCUAGUGAUUCAUUACUCCGAGUGUGUAUUGCUGGAGCAUUUUCAGGGUUUUCGGCCUCUUUUGUCUUGACUCCAGUUGAGUUGGUCAAGUGUAAACUUCAGGUGGCCAAUCUCCAGUCCUCUACGGCCAGCGAAUCGUAUAUGUCCAUCAUUAAGAAGAUUCUUCGCAACGAAGGCACGGUUGGGCUCUGGCAUGGGCUCAAUCUGACACUUUUAAGAGAGAUGGGUGGAACAGCAGUGUGGUUUGCUUCAUAUGAGGAGAGUUUGAAGACUUUGAAUAACAAAUUCCCAAAGCAAGAGAAUACAAAUCUACUAGUAAGUGGAGCUGUGGCAGGAUUCAUGUUCAACCUCUCCAUUUACCCCAUCGACACCAUCAAAUCGAACAUUCAGACGUACGACAUGACUUCUGGAUCCUCCAAGAAGUUGAAUUUUGUUACUGCUUUCAAGCAUUUGACGAGCAGACCUGGUGGCAUGCUCAACUUAUACCGUGGUCUCGGAAUCACAUUGAUGAGAUCUAUUCCAGCAAAUGCAGCCAUCUUCUACACUUACGAAUAUUUGAAGAAGAACUUCUAG